UCUGGGAAGUAAUCAGCGACGAGCACGGCAUCGACCCAUCGGGCAGUUACCAAGGCGACAGCGACCUGCAGCUGGAGAGGAUCAGCGUGUACUACAACGAGGCCUCAGGGAGCACAGGUAUCUGCAGUCUCAUUGACCUCAUCUCACUGCCUCCUUUGAUAGAAAUGUUACUCCAGUUCAUACUGCAUCUCAACCCCAAGAUGGUGCCAGUGUAAACCAUCCUCAAUCAUUGACGCAAACCUUCUCAUUUAUUAUUUAAAAUUCAUUUACAGCCAGAAAUAUUGACCUCUGUUUGCAUCUUCUACGUUGUUAUCAUCUCAGCUGACCGUUAUUCGGUAAACCAGGAAAGCCAAGGUACUCUCUCCACGAACUGCAUUCGUUUGGAAUUGAAUCAAAACGAGAAUCAAGAAAAAAGAAGCAAAAAUAUGUUCUACUGAAGUAGCAUUGUGAGAAGAAAAUGUUCGCAAAAAAAGUUGUCCUUGGCCACUUUGCGCUUCAAAUUUCACUGUUUCACUGCAUCAUGAUUUUUCAGAUACAGAAUAUAUUCAUUUUUUUUCCAGAUAUAUAUUUCUUACUAAAUCAUGCUUUUUUGUGUUUGAAUACAGCCCAUCAUUCGUAAAAACCUAUGCCUAUUUAAGCUAGUGUUAUGUAUUUUUUGCCUAAAUUAAGCAUUUUCGAGCAUAAAAAUGACUAAAUGAACUAAAAUACAAAUAUGAGGCAUUCAAAAGACACAUUCAAAGUCGAUAAAAUGUAGCAUUCUACACUGCUCGCUAGGUGUCAGUAGUGCUACUGUAAUGAGACACACGAGGAUCAGACUUGAACAACAGGCUGUUAUUGCAUAUUUGAAUUAUCUCACAAAAUUGUCUCACGGGCUCCUGGUGCGGCCAUUACCCACAUAAAAUUGCAACUCAACUCUGAACUCCUGAUGUCACUUCCUGUCCACUUCUUUCAGGUCCCCUAGGGAACACAUUUAUAGUAAGACAUACGAGCAUGAGUCUUAUUUAUGUCUUAAAUGGCUUAUUUACUCUUAUUAUGUUUACUAUAUUGGGUACCACGAGUGUAAAGGUGAUGACGGGGUGUUAUUUCAUGUCUAGAGGGGUUUAAUAACGUUAACAAACGUAUUUAGAAAGUCGUAAACAGGUUUUCUAUGUUCUAACUAUGACAAUAUUACAAUUAAGCCAAUUAAUUAAUCGCGGUAAACAGGUUAUUACUGUAUUAUGAGAUUUUUUAUAAUAAUAUGAGGAAAAAGGUUGGACUGCGACUCUAACCCAAACCCAAACCUAACUCAAACCCCAACCCCCAAACCUAGCCCUUACCCAAACCAUAACAAUGCCCUAAAACCCAAACCCUAACCCCCCAAGUCCCUAACCCAAGCCCUAACUCGGCCCUGUAACAUUAACUGUCAUACAAGUGUAAAAACAAGUUAACCACUGAUAAUGGUAAUACACAAAGAACAAUAAAUGAACUAUGAUGUGGAAUUACAUUUUUGCUCGGGUGUUGAGUCUUUUCACAUGAAGACUAAACACAACUAUGUUCCUUUUCUAGAAAUUAUAGGCUUACAGUAUUGUUGACUUAGCCGUAUUGUACUGAGCAGCCAGGACUGAGAUGUGUAUACCAUGUUCUGAUGUCACCACGUUUUCACGCAGGUCGUCUAAAACUGUUCUAUGUUGGGUUUUUGUGUGCCUUCAGAGGUGCAGAUUUGUCAAAAAUGACGGUGGAUGCAUAAAUUGUUCACCUUUCGAGGCUCCACUGUUGUAGAAUUAAGAGAGAAGCCAUAAAAAACCCAGGGGGAAGGUCAUUGUGCAGAGAUAAGAGUCGAAAGCAACAUGCAGUUUUUGGGAGGGUCCUUGCUUGAAUGGACUGUGCAGACCUCAGCACUUUAAAAGGCCCAUUGGUCUAGAAUAAGGACUGCAUUAUGCUGGAGGAGUUGGCUCCCAAGUGGAGUGCAGAGUGCAGAAAAUAAAAAAACAACUGCAAGAACAAGCUUCAAAAAACAGCAGUGCAUUUCAUAUGUAAGAGUCAGAGAGAGACUCGGACAUGUAUUCAUUCAUUGUGGAAUGACACAAUCUCCCUUGUCAUCCCAAAGACAGCAAAUUUGUCCCCCGUGCCAUUCUGGUGGACCUGGAACCGGGGACCAUGGAUUCAGUUCGCUCCGGCCCAUUUGGACAGCUCUUCAGGCCUGACAACUUUGUCUUUGGCCAGAGUGGAGCAGGGAACAACUGGGCCAAAGGUCACUACACGGAAGGAGCAGAGCUUGUGGACGCCGUUCUGGACGUGGUGAGGAAGGAGUCUGAGAACUGCGACUGCCUCCAAGGCUUCCAGCUCACUCACUCCCUGGGCGGAGGCACCGGUUCCGGCAUGGGCACCUUGCUGAUCAGCAAGAUCCGCGAGGAGUACCCGGACCGCAUCAUGAACACUUUCAGCGUCAUGCCCUCGCCCAAAGUGUCCGACACGGUGGUGGAGCCCUACAACGCCACCCUGUCUGUGCACCAGUUGGUGGAGAACACCGACGAGUCCUUCAGCAUUGACAACGAGGCUCUGUAUGACAUCUGCUUUCGCACCUUGAAGCUGACCACGCCCACCUACGGAGACCUCAACCACCUGGUGUCGGCCACCAUGAGCGGCGUCACUACCUGUCUCCGCUUCCCAGGACAACUCAACGCCGACCUCCGUAAGCUGGCCGUCAACAUGGUACCCUUCCCUCGCUUGCACUUCUUCAUGCCGGGCUUUGCCCCACUCACCAGCAGGGGGAGCCAGCAAUACCGCGCCCUCUCCGUCCCCGAGCUCACCCAGCAAAUGUUUGAUGCCAAGAACAUGAUGGCGGCCUGCGACCCGCGACACGGCCGCUACCUCACCGUGGCGGCCAUCUUCCGCGGGCGCAUGUCCAUGAAGGAGGUGGAUGAGCAGAUGCUGAGCGUGCAGAACAAGAACAGCAGCUACUUCGUGGAGUGGAUCCCCAACAAUGUCAAGACGGCUGUUUGCGACAUCCCGCCACGAGGCCUCAAGAUGUCGGCCACCUUCAUCGGCAACAGCACGGCCAUCCAGGAGAUCUUCAGAAGGAUCUCGGAGCAGUUCACCGCCAUGUUCCGCCGGAAGGCCUUCCUCCACUGGUACACAGGUGAAGGUAUGGACGAGAUGGAGUUCACCGAAGCCGAGAGCAACAUGAACGACCUGGUGUCAGAGUACCAGCAGUACCAGGACGCAACCGCUGAUGAGAUGGGCGAGUACGAAGAGGAUGAAAUGGAUGAUGAGGAGGACGUCCGCCAUUAAGGAAACACUGCCUCUCGAACUAGAAGCCAAUCAGUGCAGCAUAGAUAAAUGACGACAAGAAGACGUCACCUUAAUGUCUCAUCCAAACAAUAAAUCAUUAUCUAAUGUUCAGCAGCAAGAAAUCUCCAAUAAAGUUUCAAUCAAGCAGCAUAUGAACUUUGUAGUAUUUUUUUGUAUAUAAACAUGUAACAAACAUUAUACCCAAAAGGGCAAUAAAAAUAAAAUAAAGUAAAACUAAAAAAUGACAUUGUCACAAGGGGGCUUAAAUCAAAAGUGCUGGCUAUAAAAUAAACAAAAUAAACAAAACAUACAAUAAAAUGCAAUGUAAAUAAUCAAAUACAAAUCAAAUCAAAUAUAAAUUGACAGAAAUUGGGUUUCAUAUCAAAAGUGCUGCAUAAGUAUAUAUAAAGUAUAAUAAAAUAUUUUAAUAAACACUGACAGACGGCCUUUAAAUCAGAACAGGUGCAUACUAAACAAAAUAAUGCACUGAAAUAAAUAAAGCAAAAAAAAAAAAAUAAAUAAAAAUACAUAUCAAAUGAAAUGAAAUACAACAUUUCAAAAAGGAUACUGCCUAUAAUAAUAAUACAUUUU